AUGUGUGCAGCGCUUUCAUCUUUCCACACGUCACUUCCUCGCCGCACUUCGCUCCCCAUGACGGGCGAACCUCGUAGCCUUGGUUCCUCGCCAGUGUCUGGGAGGUGUCCGCCCGGGCACAGAACCACAGCAAGUACCAUCCGCACGCAUGCGGAUGAGCACCUUCCUCUUUGCGUGAUUCAGGCUGCCGACUCUCCGUCGUCGUCCGCAGAAGCCUCCUCACUACCUCUCAAAGCGUUCUUUGUAAACCCCGCCUGUGCCGUCAGCGCGACUGCGAUCGUGUCGGGAAACGUUGCUGCGGCGCAGGGGCGCUGGCAUGCUGACAUGCAUGAGGUGGAAGCCUAUCUCAAUGCACUGGACUUGGCCCGCGCGGACAGUGCGAAAGCGGGGCUCUACCACCGGGCUCAGCAGUGCAUGCAGCGCAUGGAGAAGGUCAUUCGCCUGCUCGCCAAGCGAAUCGCCAGAGAGGCGAACGUCAUGGCAGAGCGCGCGCGGCAGGCGUUGACGGAACAGCAGCGACUGCUGAAGCGGAGCUUCCGCAAACGCUGGAAGACGAAGAUGCUGGUGUACGAGGAGAAUGCCUCCGCGAUGUUAGCGGCUGCGGAGCAGCAUCACUACGCAGAGCGCGUGCGGGAGGAUGUGCGGGCGCAGGAGGAGCUGCGCAGCGCGCGAGCGGCUGGUUCCAUGGCGCGUUCCUGCUCCUCUAUGAUGCAGCACCUGCAAAGCGAACUCCAGCUGUAUCUGAGGCAGCAUCGCUAUUGUGAAGCGGAGCGGGUGCAGGGGCAGCUAAGCCGAUUGGAGAAGCAAGAGCAACAGGCACACCAGAGGAACAUCACCCAUCUUCAGGAGCAGCGGCUGCAAGCGAUGCGUGUGAAACAGGAUGAGCAGCUGGCCAAAAUGAAGGCAGCGCAUCAAGAAGAGAGGCAGGAGAUAACCCGCACUUGUCGCGCAGAGCUGGAUGCCAUGACUCGUCAACACGAGGCUGCCCUACAAGGGGUGGAGGAACGACGUCUAUUUCUCCACGAAAGGGUUCAGGCGGUCUUGAAGGCGUACAGCAACGCCGACGCGCUGGACCCGCGGGCAACAGGGCUAAAGCUGAUACGGAUUUCGCAGCUACUGUGGACAUAUCACGAGGCGCAGCAGUCGAGUUAG